AUGUUAGAUAACAAUAAAGAUAAUAAACUUGUAGACAAGUUAGAAGACAAGUUAGUGGAAAAUUUAGAAGACAAGUUAGUAGACAAGUUAGUAGACAAGUUAGUAGACAAGUUUGUAAACAAGUUAGUAGACAAGUUAGAAGACAAGUUAGAAGACAAGUUAGAAGACAAGUUAGAAGACAAGUUAAUAGACAAGUUAGAAGACAAGUUAGUAGACAAGUUAGAAGACAAGUUAGUAGACAAGUUAGAAGACAAGUUAGUAGACAAGUUAGUAGACAAGUUAGAAGACAAGUUAGUAGACAAGUUAGUAGACAAGUUUGAAGACAAGUUAGAAGACAAGUUAGUAGACAAGUUAGAAGACAAGUUAGUGGAAAAGUUAGAAGACAAGUUAGAAGACAAGUUAGUAGACAAGUUAGUAGACAAGUUAGUAGACAAGUUUGUAAACAAGUUAGUAGACAAGUUAGAAGACAAGUUAGUAGACAAGUUAGAAGACAAGUUAGAAGACAAGUUAGUAGACAAGUUAGUAGACAAGUUAGUAGAUAAGUUAGUAGACAAGUUAGUAGACAAGUUAGUAGACAAGUUAGAAAACAAGUUAGAAGACAAGUUAGAAGACAAGUUAGUAGACAAGUUUGUAAACAAGUUAGUAGACAAGUUAGAAGACAAGUUAGAAGACAAGUUAGUAGACAAGUUAGAAGACAAGUUAGUAGACAAGUUUGAAGACAAGUUAGUAGACAAGUUAGAAGACAAGUUAGAAGACAAGUUAGUAGACAAGUUUGUAGACAAGUUAGGAUACAAGUUAGUAGACAAGUUUGUAAACAAGUUAGUAGACAAGUUGGAAGACAAGUUAGUAGACAAGUUUGUAAACAAGUUAGUGGACAAGUUAGUGGACAAGUUAGAAGACAAGUUUGAAGACAAGUUAGAAGACAAGUUAAUAGACAAGUUAGAAGACAAGUUAGUAGCUAGGUAG